CUGGCCACUCCAUCACACCUCAACCAACAAGCGCCCAUCCGCCGUUGGCAUCCACGUCCGCGGGUCAUCGCAUCCCACAGAGGGAAUAUAGUGAAGCGCACUCUCUGUGCGGUUUAUUUUCUUUACAUUCCAACCGGACAGUCAAAGUUAUCGCUCCGACCGGGGCCGCAGACCGGCACCAUGGGUCAGAAUCAAUCAGGCAUGGGCGGUGGCAUGGGCGGGGGCAAGGAUGGCCGGGAUGACAAGGACAAAAAGAAGGACAAGCCCAAGUAUGAGCCGCCGCCGAGACCUACCACGCGCAUCGGCCGCAAGAAGAAGAAGGCUGGCGGUAGUAGCGCAGCUGCGAAGUUACCUCCUGUCUACCCGACGAGCCGAUGUAAGCUCCGGCUGCUACGCAUGCAGCGCAUCCACGACCACCUUCUUCUUGAGGAGGAAUACGUCGAGAACCAGGAACGGCUUCGGAAGGCGAAGGCUGCCAAGGACGACGCCGCGCCAGCUUCGGAAUUGGAGUCCUCCGACCGGAUGGCCGACGAGCGCAGCCGCGUCGAUGACAUGCGGGGCAGCCCCAUGGGAGUCGGCACGCUGGAGGAGAUGAUCGACGACGACCACGCCAUUGUCUCUAGCACAACUGGCCCGGAGUACUAUGUCAGCAUCAUGAGCUUCGUUGACAAGGACCUGCUCGAGCCUGGCGCUAGCGUGUUGCUGCAUCACAAAACAGUCAGCAUUGUUGGCGUGCUUACGGACGACACAGAUCCUCUUGUGAGCGUCAUGAAGCUCGAGAAGGCGCCUACUGAGUCCUAUGCCGAUAUUGGUGGUUUGGAGCAACAGAUCCAAGAGGUUCGGGAAUCGGUCGAGCUGCCUCUGCUCCACCCUGAGCUCUACGAAGAGAUGGGUAUCAAACCGCCCAAGGGCGUCAUCCUCUACGGUGCACCUGGUACCGGAAAGACUCUCCUGGCCAAAGCUGUGGCCAACCAGACUUCGGCCACAUUUUUGCGCAUCGUCGGAAGUGAGCUCAUUCAGAAGUACCUCGGUGAUGGUCCCCGGUUGGUUCGCCAGUUAUUCCAGGUUGCCGCUGAGAACGCGCCAUCCAUCGUCUUCAUUGACGAAAUCGACGCGAUCGGUACAAAGAGAUACGAUUCCACAUCAGGCGGUGAGCGUGAAGUCCAGCGGACCAUGCUGGAACUCCUCAACCAGCUGGACGGCUUCGACGACCGUGGCGACGUCAAGGUCAUCAUGGCCACCAAUAAGAUCGAGACCCUUGAUCCUGCGCUUAUCCGGCCAGGCCGUAUUGACCGCAAGAUUCUAUUCGAGAACCCGGAUCAGAACACCAAGCGCAAGAUCUUUGCCUUGCACACGAGCAAAAUGUCGCUCAACGAGGACGUUGACCUGGAGGAAUUCAUUGCUCAAAAGGAUGAUUUGUCCGGAGCCGAUAUCAAGGCAAUUUGCUCUGAGGCGGGUCUCAUGGCUCUCCGGGAGCGCCGCAUGCGUGUGCAGAUGGCCGACUUCCGCGCGGCUCGUGAGCGCGUGUUGCGCACAAAACAGGAGGGCGAACCAGAGGGUUUGUAUUUGUAACAGCUGUGUACGACGGGGAGCCAGCGGCUUAAGCAGAGCAGCAGCAGGAUGCAAAUACAGAAUAGACAAGCGAAGUUGGCAUGCCCACUGCAUUGGCAAAGUAAUUGGGAUCCGUUUGUUGCCAUGCUUUGGGUUUUCUUGAUGGUGACGUUCCACGUCUAAAUACCACAAACCCUACGGGAAGGUUACUCAUGUUUUUUUUUUUUUUUAAAAAAAAAAGAAACAAAUCUAAUAGUCAGUGGACAAAAUGAAUAGUUUCUGGUUAAACGCAGGAUAAGC